CGACGCUGGAUUUUCGCGACGGGCGCAGCGUGUCAGUCAGCACGAUAACAAGAAUAAAGGCUGCAUAGCCACCAGAGCAUUUUCAUGGGAAGUCGCUUCGUCGAGUGCACGUUCAUUUGCCCUUCUCUCGUCUUUGCCGCGAAGCGUACUCGUGAUUUUUGCCCGUAUGCAAAUCGCAUUGCGCUAGGAACACGGGCGAACCAUUUACGACCGGCCUGUUAUUACCCCGGCCGUACUCAGCGACCAGUUAGAGCUUUCCCUAUACAAAUUGAGCUUCGCCAUGACGGACUUGCGUAGACACUGCGCGAUCAUUAUUGAGCACGUUCGCGAGAACAAUGACGAUCGCCGUGACGAAAUGUCCGAUCGGCUCCGACGCUGCGCCAUUGCAUUAUCUUUUGAACUUGCGACACGAAAGACAGGCUGACUUUCCUUCGCAGCUUAGUUUGUGGUUUUCGGCUCCAGCCGGAUCGCUCGUGACGACUAGGAAUCGACGAAUUGCCUCGACAAAAUCGGACAGCUGCGAGUUGCGCUGCCGCCGUUCCCGCCAUCGCCGCCUUUGCCGAUCGUAGCAGGACCAGCCGAGAAAAUAACGUCGAUCAAAAGCUCGAGCGAUCCUCCCCGGAAAGUUUAUAACCCGCACUCGUCGUCGAUCGUUUCGUUGCAUCUCCCGAAAUCUCAUUGAAACUUACAGUCGUCGUCUCCGUAUCCUUCGAUGGCCAGUGCACAUGGUAUUAUUAUUCAAUAAACAAAACACGCCUUUCGCAAACGAGUAGCCAAUGCUCGUUUCUUUCUGUGACUAUCGCUAGCAAUAUUCUUGCCGUAAUCAAGAAUUGCGUGAUUGCGUGAACGUAGCUCAAGUGACUUUCUAUCAUUUCUACAGACAGCAGUAGAUAUAACUGAUUUAUGGAUUGCAACUUGUGAAAUUGCACUUUCUCGUAAUGUCCUUCGCCAACCAACCGAAUGUUUGUGAAUCUGUGCGAUACUUCGAAACCGCACAAACUAUUUUUUAGGAAUGGUUAACGUGGUCAAGGAGGUUAGAAAACGAGCAAAAUUAUUGCAUUUUCACGUUUGUCUUGAUGGAGUUUGCUACAACUUGGAUUUGAUCUCGGAACAAGAUGGGAAAGAGCACACUGGAACAGAACAAUCAUUUCGUAUUACCCGAAGUCGCGAAUAGCGAAGUCGCCGUAUUUGCCAAACGACUCGUUGGCAUUUUCGAAAUACUGAUGACGAAAUUGGAGCUCGCCGCUACCUUACCCCUAAUAAGCUCUGAUGCAAGUAUCCUUAAAAUCGUGAAGGACGAAGAUUCAAAACGACUCCUAAGCACCUUUUUUUCGCAAUUUACUUCUGACCACGACAAUUCAGCAUCAAUCCACACUGAAGAUAUACUGAAAACAGUCGGCGUUAAUUUCGACAAUUCCGGCUCACUGAAACAAAUAGGUCACAGCCAAGUGAAUCAAUCGCGACAAUCCUCCUGUUCGUAUGCUUCCAUCAAAGACCGCAUCGAUGUGUACCAACUUCUUCAAAUCGUAUUAUCGAAUCCGACGUUGUUUCAACUAUCAAAAAGCUUGCAAUCCAACGUGAGAGAAUCAAACUAUUUCCUUCGGCAAAUCAAGUAUUUCAUGGAAUUCGUCGUGUCCAAAGUGCUGUCUAUGCCCGUCGAUGAGAGAGACACGGAGCUGAAUUUCCGUAACGUUUGCGCGCAAAUCGAGCAAUCGAAGCUUGAAAUGCUAGGUAAAAGCACGAUAGCCAGCGCAGCUGCCUGCCCGACAACGAUCACACCUCAUCUUUUCAUAGACCUGACCACUGCUCUGCAAGAUCAAAAAUCUAGACAACGAGCGGAAACCCAGCAGCUGACAAACAAACUCGAUAAUCUUUUGAAUCAAUGGCAGAACAUCGACGAGGAGUACAAUGUUACUGUCAAACAACUAUUGAAUACGUCUAAAGACAAGAGAGAUACAUCUUUGGAAGAGUUUACCGAAAGAAUAAAUAGUCACCGAUCGUUAUUUGAACGAUUGAAAACGCAGCUUGCAAACGAUAAAGCCAACAACAAGAAGAUAGAGCAUGACAUUCAAAUGCAAAAAUUCAAAGUCGAGUCUCAGUUAACGUCGCUGAUCAUGAAAUUUGAUACGGAAAUUGGCGAUCGUCAGGAAACUUACGAUGAGCUGAUGAAAGAAUACGUUGAUUUGGAGCAAGAAAAAUCUCAAUUGACGGAUGCCAUGAACGAACAAUUCAUUAUUUACAACAGUAUUAUAACGGAAAGGGAAGAGAAAGCUUUCGAGGAAUAUAGAGAAAAAUAUAUGAAAUUUGUAAACAACCGAUCGGCUAGAUUAAUUCAAAGAUGGUGGCGAGCUGUCCGCUCGAAGUUGAAGAAAAAAGAUAAAAAGAAGGGAAAAAAGAAGAAGACCAAAGCUUAGCUAACCGAAUGAAGACUCACACGUAUAACUGUUAUAGUUCAAUUUUAAAAGAUGAAUACAAUAAAUUUAGCUGAAAAUAAAGUCAGCUUUUAAGUCGAAGACAUCUGAAAACAAAUUUCACAAAGUCUAUCAAUGCAGCUUCGUUACAGUCGGAAGCUGAUUUGAAAACACUUGUGUUUUUGUAAUAAUCUAUAGUCUUCACUUUUCUAAAAUUCAAAAAUAUAUGUAAAAGAACAUUUUCAAUCAAAUAAUGUAAAAAUAUUUGUUUGGAAAAUUACAAAAUUUCUGUUGAUAAUUCUAAAUUGUUUCCAUUUUUAUGUAUUUCAUUUGAAAGUAUCCAACUCGAUAGUUGAAUAAAAUCGAAGGUCAAUAAUAAUUUAUUAUUCAUUCGUUAUAUUUUGUUCAACUCAGGUCUGUCCUAAAGUUACGAAGUAAACGUCCGCUGUCCAAUAACAACUGUAUUUUUUAUACUUCGUUAUUGGCCAAAGUAUAGACAAAAUAUUAAUAAAAAUAUUUAAGCCAAAGUAUAUUAUUUUGGAAAAUGACACAUGUCAGGAUAAAAAGCUUUACUGACUAAUUCACUGAAGAUUUUUAUUACUCUAUGUCGCCAUAGCGUCAACGUUUUCUUGGUACCAUAGCAAUUAUCAGUUUGAUGUAAGUAAAUUGAACCUUCUGCACAUAUUAUUAGAAAUCAAAGUUUAGGAGAAGAAUUCAUGUACAUUUAUCAAAUUCGCUUUGAUUGCGGAUAGAUGCUAUGAGAACGAUGUAAUAAGAAAAACGCUCAAGCGAGAAAUUCUCGAAGAAAAACUUAGUGAUAAAAUAUGAGUUGCUUGUCUAUGAAGUGAUAAAAACCGUAUUGUCCAGAGCUCUUUCAUCGUUUUUUACGAACAGCUAACGGGCAUUUUUGUUAAUCGCUAGGUAUAGUAUACAAUUAAUUUAAUAAUAUAUUAAUAUGAAUAUUUAUUAAUAUAAUAUUUAAUAUUAAUUUAAUA